CUAGAAUCUUCCAUCUUUUCAUGCGCCAGUUAGUCACCAUUUUGUCAUCGUUUGAAGUUCUACUUGCACGUGUCACGUGUAUAUCAAUCUAAAUCAUCGUGUUCUUGUGGUUAUUUUAAAUUAAAAUAUUUUUAAAUUUUGUGGUUAAACAGUUUUAACAAAUAUCAAUUAAAAUGAGCAGUGCACGAGGUAAAUGGAGUUCUCAGGAUACUAUAAGUUUUCUUGAAAUGUACGAACAACAUAGGUGUUUGUGGGAUGUUCAUUCUGAGGGUUACAAAGACAGGAAUACACGAAUAAAUGCAUAUGAAGCUAUGGCAACAGCAAUGGAAAUUGAUGGAUUCCUGGUAGAGGAUGUUAAAGCUAAAAUACGUUCACUGAGGAAUGCUUACACCUUGGAAUUAGCCAAGAUUUUAAGAAGCAAAAAGUUAGCAGCAGGUCCUGAUGACGUAUAUAAGCCGAAAUUACCAUGGUUCCCAGUUGCUGAUAGAAUUUUGAAUGGAGUGGUUCAAUUAAGAGAGAUACAACCAACAGAGAUUGGCGUUGCAGAUUCAGAAACACAAUCAAGCGUUAACGAUGUCGUAGAGACUGUUAUGGUUGAUCCUACUCCACCAACUGCUGUUCCCGGCGUUAGUACAGAGGCCAUACCUAGUACUUCUAAACGCACAUUUACAAGUGAUACUGCGGAGCCUGCACGAAAAAAAGCUAAGACGUCUGCAACAAAUUAUCAAAGAUGUUUAGAUAGAACUUUAUCAGAACUCAAGAACAUUUCUGCAUCAUUAAGUAAAAAAAUAGCACCAAAAGAGGAAGACGAAUUUGAUAUGUUUGGAAAAUUGAUUGCGUGCCAAUUAAAAAAGCUUCCAAUAAUCGUAGCUUUAGAAGCGCAGCAAUAUAUAUUCUCCUAUUUGAUUCAGAAACGCAUCGAACACAUUCGCCGAACAAAUAGACAAUAUGAUGCAGCUUCACCAGAUAGUGCUAUGGAAUCUUCCCACAGUGAUGCGGAUAUACCAUCACAAGAAGUUGGAUCUGCUGAUCAAGCUGAUGUAUAAGAUAGAUGAUUUUAUGUUUAUAUUACUAGAAAUAUAAUACUAGAAUUAUUAUUAUUAUUCUAGAUACUAUUAUACCUAGAUCUAUCUAAUUACUAUUAUAAUAAUGUAAGUAAUACUAGAAAUAAAGAAUAUUUCAUUUCGUA